AUGGUUUACACUAUCGUCGUCCACCUCCGCGCUAAGCCCGACGAGGAGAGCAUCUCCAAGCUCCACGCCAAGCUCAUCGAAGCCUCGGCCGUCUACUCCAAGGACAAGGAGACCCUGUCCUGGUUCGUCAUGCAGAGUGUCCACGACAAGCAGGACUUCUGCAUCGUCGAGCGCUACCUCAACGAGGGCUCCCAGAAGUACCACCUCGAGAACCCCUACUGGAAGACCUUCGACCCCUACGUCAUCCCUCUCUUGGAGAAGCCUAUGGACCUGAGACGCUUCGAGGAGAUGGAGGAGAAGAAGGAGUAA